AUGAUCGGUGGCGGCGUCGCGACCCCUCCUGGUACUGCCAAGUCGGCGGCUGCGAUCGACAGCGAAAUGGUGCAGGUCGACGGCAUUGGCAGUGGUAGUGUCAGUGGCAGUGCUAGUGGUAGUGGUAGCCCUGCGACAGGCGCGACUACUACGCGUCUGACCGCCGCCGGCAACAACGCCGCCGGCACCAACAACAACAACAACAACAAUGGGGACGUUGCGAACAAUAACAAUAACAAUAACAACAACGAUGUACACCCGGUGGUGAACAGCGCCACGGCCGCGGCCACCGAUAAGUUCUGCUGUCACGACGACGACGCGCCGGUCAGCACCGGCGUCACGCGACCUUGGGAACCACCCUCGCCGACCUUCUCGCAGACGAGGUCGCAUCUGCUGCAGGUCCAUCCGCCGCAUCCCCAUCAGCAUCCGGCCGCUCAUCAUCAUCAGCAGAUGACCGUACCGCCAGUGUCUCUGAUCGACGGUUAG